AUGGCUACUCAAGAGGUCCCCACUUUCAAGUUGGUGCUCGUCGGUGACGGUGGUACUGGUAAGACCACCUUCGUCAAGAGACACUUGACCGGUGAGUUUGAGAAAAAGUACAUUGCUACCUUGGGUGUCGAGGUGCACCCAUUGGGCUUCCACACCAACUACGGUGAGUUGAAGUUCGACGUGUGGGACACUGCGGGCCAGGAGAAGUUUGGUGGCUUGAGAGACGGUUACUACAUCAACGGCCAGUGUGGUAUCAUCAUGUUCGACGUUACCUCUAGAAUCACCUACAAGAACGUUCCAAACUGGCACAGAGACUUGGUCAGAGUCUGUGAGAACAUCCCAAUCGUCUUGUGUGGUAACAAGGUCGAUGUCAAGGAGCGUAAGGUGAAGGCCAGAACCAUCACCUUCCACAGAAAGAAGAACUUGCAGUACUACGACAUCUCCGCCAAGUCCAACUACAACUUCGAGAAGCCUUUCCUUUGGUUGGCCAGAAAGUUGGUUGGUAACCCUCAAUUGGAGUUUGUCGCCUCCCCAGCCUUGGCUCCUCCUGAGGUCCAGGUUGACGCCGACUUGAUGCAGAAAUACCAGCAGGAGAUGGAGCAGGCCACUGCCUUGCCAUUGCCUGAUGAGGAUGACGCCGACUUGUAA